UUUCGCGGAAGAGGCAGCGGGGCCGCUUCUGGGAAGCCGCGGCAGGCGGACGGCGCGUCCCGGGCGUCGGGCGUCGAUGGGCUCGUGGCGCAGCGCGGCGGCGGGGCUGCUCUGCCUCCUGUGGCACCUUGCAUCCUCAAAGAAUGUCCAGCCAAGGUGCCACACCGAUUUUGCCACUGAACUGGUUUGUCAUUGGGAGGUGGAUGCCGUCACCAACUGCAGUGCAGAGUUUAAAGUACUCUACCAGUCAACUCUUGCAAAGAAGCCACAGGAGUGCCCUCUGCAGGGCCCAGGCACUGCCCCCAGGUGUGUCUGCGUGAUUCCAGGGGACAAAUUCAAAGGACUCGAGUAUAACAUAUCGCUGGCCAGGACAGAGAACGGUGCCAAGGUCUGGAGCAACCGGACCUGGGAUAUGGACUUAAUUGUGAAGCCCAGGCCCCUGGUCCACCUGAGGAUCGAGAAGAACAAGAAGGACCGCACUUUCAUCCUUACUUGGAAGAGGGACUACGCUGUGUCGAACUCACUCUAUACAUCUGCAGCGAAGUACGAGGUUGCCUAUUGGCCCCAGAACCACACAGGGAAGAAAUUAAUUGUUCCAGAGGACUCAUCCCAUCAUACGAUCUUUGCAGACAAGCUCCAGUCAGACUCCACCUACGAAGCGAGUGUGCGCUAUGGGUUGAAACUCUGGGGAGAAACCUGGAGUGAGUGGAGUGCGACUACUCAGUGGCUCAAUGAUUUUGAGCCCAGCUCGGAAAAUAAAUCCUGGGUGCACAUUGUCUGGUUGUGCGUGAUCGUCGUCGGUCUCAUUCUCUUUGGCUACCUCUGUUGCCUGUGGGUGAAGAGGAAAUGGUGGGAUGGGAUCCCAAGUCCCCGCAAGAGCAAACUGGCAGAGGAUAUCACAGCGGGGAAAUGGGUAGGCCUCCCCAGGGGGGCAGGACACCUUCCAUGCAAGCCCCCUCAAGCAUCUUCCUGCUUCUUUCAGCUUUGGGUUUUCGGCAAGAUGGACCCGGCUCCUUGCAGACGGCCGUUUCCGAGCAAAGGGGCUGCCGGUCUCCCUCCCCAGCCUCCGUGUGUGACCCGGGAGCCCUUCCUGGUCCCCGAAGAAGUCUUCCUGAGCCAAGGCUCCCUAACCGCAGCAGGCAGCAGGGCCGGAGGGGUCAAAGCAGGAAGCCCGGAAGAGGCAGAGGAAGAGACGGAGCCCGUGGAGAUGCAGAUGGAGCACGAAGACGCUGUGGCCGGCCUCUUCAGGGACCUUGUGGGUGGCGUCCUGAGCACAGGGGAUCCGGGGGGCCUGGCAACCUCCACCCAAAGUUGCUUUACUCCAGAGGAGCCCGUCUGCCUGCAGGGCCUCUCCCAGCCGGCUUAUCAAGGCUGCCGAGUGGAGGCCGAGGGCUGUGGGCUGGAGCUGCCUUCAUCCGGGCCAGGCCUGUACGCCCCUGAAGGACAAGCCGACUGGCUGCCUGGGCUGGAGAGCUUGCCGGCCGAUCCCUCCUGCACUGCCCUCCCUGCCGCCCGCUUGGCUCUGGGCUACAAGUCCUUCAGCAGCCUGGAGGCUCAGCCGGCGAGCGGCUUCUGCCCGGCCUGGAGUCAGUGGCCUGGCCUUGCCCAAGAAGGCCAAAGCCAGCAGGCCUGGGGCAGCCCCGGGCCGGGUCUUCUGCUGCUGCCGGACACUUCUGGAGGCUUCCCAAUUGGUCAAGACGCCUUCUCCCUUUACGGAGCCACUGCCCCAGAAACGUGGCUUUUCCCUCCCCAGCCAGGAGGGGCCUUGGGAGCUUCUGCUCUGCGGGCCUCUGGAGGGCCUGAGAGCUUGCCCGGGCCCAAGGCCACUUUCUUCUCUGGCUACCGGGCCUUCAGCUGUGCCCUCCAGAGCAGCCUCGCCUCCCCGGAGUUCUCCGUGGAGCCUGUCUAGAAGCCUUUCCUCCGGGCAUCGAAGAGAGCCUUCUCGGGGGCAGGGAACUCAUUGAGCACAAAGGGGGAUUGUGCUUAAACCCGGAGAGAAAUAGACGUUGCACCUUUUCAGGUAGAAGCAGAUGAAGCCCACUGCUGAAAAUCCCAUUUCCCCACUUCACAAUUGGCAGCUCUCUGGACAGUCAGCAGGGAAUAUGGGUGGUGGGUCAAGCAGCCUUUGCAGGCUGCAUCUGCCCGAGCUUGUGCCCCUUUCCAGUUUCAGGUCUUCCUAGAGCCGUGGCUACAGAAGGGGGCCUGGCUGACGCCCUGGGCCCCUUGCCUCCCCCUGGCUCCCCAUCCCCACUCUGGCUGGGAGUUGAACCUCCAAGACCUCCAUCCCUCCAGCUGGCCUUCCUUACUCUUCCGGCAGCUGGAGAGCCACCGGUUGCAGCUAGGAAGGGAGGAGGAGUGGGAGCCAGGGUCCUCCUGAAGGGAGGGGGAAGGAGCUCUGGAGCUUUUCAGAGCUGCUAUGCUUGGGGUGAGGAGCACAGUGCAGGUCAGAGCUUCACCCUAAAGGAGAGGAGACAGGCUGUCCGGGGGCCAGAGAAGCCACACAAACACACAUGCGCUGCAGAGCCAUGAGGCCUUUACAAGUCUUCCAGACUUAACUAUGCAUGCCCACGCACACACUCCCAUUACAACCCCAGUCCUGCCUGCACUACUUCCCAGUUUGCUUCCAGGUCCAAUUCAAGGUGUUGGCUUUCAUCUUUAAAGCCCUUUAUGGGACCAGGUGAUGAAAGGAACCACCUCGUCCCAGUGGGAUUAGCCUGCUCCACUCACUCCGGCAGACGGGGCUUGCCGCAGACCCCAUUGGUGAAGGAGCUUCAGCCGGGGGGGGGGGGUCUAGGAAAAGGGCCUUUUCUGCCAUGCUCCCCCCCCCCUCCGGACCAUGGUACCUCUCGAGGUGGGAUCCAUCCCCAUCCGCCUGUCCUCCCUGGCUCUGCUGCUUAACUUGAGGCCCCAGUGGGGUGGGGAGAAGGCCCCUGAUCUUGGUUGCCAGCCUUUUCCUAUUUCUCAUUAAGGCCUUUGUAGGAUUGUAUUUCAUUGCGAGCGGCCCAGAGUCUCUGGAUAGCGAGAUGGGUGGCAUAAUUUUAAUAAAUAACUAAAUAAACAAACCCUUUUAUAACCCUGACAUUGUACAAGUUGGGCCUGUGUACCUUUUUCUGACUUCACCCAUGGUUGAAAUGCGUGGCUCGUGCGCCCCCCCCCCCCAUGCACAACUUGGCCCACCUCUUUGGGAAUUCCCAACAUAUUGGGCGGGUGGGGGGUCAUGAGAAAGGCUGAUGUGGCCCCUGCAGGACAGCUCUAGUAGGCGAAGCUGUUUUGCCGCCUGAGGUGCUUGAGGAACAGGAACACUUGGUGGGCCAACAUAUCUCAAAAGUACCUUUAUUAGAACAGCACCUGGCACAUCUGUGGAUUCCCGAAUCUAAACGUUUUCAGGCUUUCCACAAUUUCCCAAACUACAAACCCAUCUCCCCUUGGUUG